AAACCGCAUCUCUCGCUGGCGUUCCAUGAUUGGCUCUCCUCCCAACCAUAGUAAACCCACAGAAACAAGAACUCUCGGAUUGAAUUCAAAUCACAUAUACAGGAUUUCCUAAAUUUCCCUAAUUCUUUUGUCUAAGAAACCCUAAAUCUCAAAUUAUUACUCUCAUCCAUGGCUUCUCGUCGCCGCAUGCUUCUAAAGGUCAUAAUCCUAGGCGACAGCGGGGUGGGGAAGACGUCUCUGAUGAAUCAGUAUGUGAAUCGUAAGUUUAGUAAUCAGUAUAAGGCGACUAUAGGAGCAGAUUUUCUGACCAAGGAAGUUCAGUUCGAAGAUAGGUUGUUCACAUUGCAGAUUUGGGAUACUGCUGGGCAAGAAAGGUUUCAAAGUCUUGGUGUGGCUUUCUACCGUGGUGCAGAUUGCUGUGUUCUUGUGUAUGAUGUGAAUGUAAUGAAGUCAUUUGAUAAUCUUAACAACUGGCGGGAAGAGUUUUUGAUUCAGGCUAGUCCGUCUGACCCUGAAAACUUCCCAUUUGUUGUGCUGGGGAACAAGAUAGAUGUUGAUGGUGGGAAUAGCCGGGUGGUUUCUGAGAAGAAAGCUAAGGCAUGGUGUGCUUCUAAGGGAAACAUACCGUACUUUGAGACCUCUGCAAAAGAAGGAUUCAACGUUGAAGCUGCUUUCCAGUGUAUAGCCAAGAAUGCGCUCAAGAAUGAACCUGAAGAAGAAAUAUACCUGCCUGACACCAUUGACGUUGGGGGUGGAGGGCGGCAGCAAAGAUCCACAGGUUGCGAGUGCUAGAAGAGAUGUUGGAUUUUCCUGUGUUUGUUCCUUGGAUUGCAAGAUACAGCUCACUGUUAUUUGGUGACUUAUAAGUCAGUACUUUUCAAGUAUCAAUAAUCUAGGGAAGAUGGUUAUAAAAUUUUUAUUUGUAUCAUAAGUGGGUUAGCAAAGGCGUGUUGGUCGUCUUUGUAUUGUUUCUGUUCAUAUUUUACGUCUGUAUUCAACCUUUUGUUUGUGUUCAUCUGGAAAUGUAAUUCUCCCUCGUUGCUAAGUUGUGAAUUGUGAUAAUUUAAUGGUCAGAUUAAGCUUUUAUUGAGGCAGGCUGCAUUUGGUUU